GAGAAGGUUCACAAUCUGUGUAUAUGUGAUAUGCCCUAAAUGUCUCAGACAGAGACAGAAACAUUCUCCUCAUUUCUGUCUGUUCCGCGAGAGCGAGAACCUUGUUGUCUUCCAUGUUGAUUUCUUGUGACCAAAUUUUUAGACGAUUUUUCCUAGCGACCCUCGAGUUGAGACCUGUUUAUAUCUGAGUUUAUGUUAUUAUAGGAUUAUAUACUGGUGAUCGUAGCUACAACCACUCUCUACAGGCACUCUAAAUAUAAGCAAUGGUAAUAACGAAGCUAAACUUCAACCACGUAUUGUGUGAUUAGGUUAAAUUAUAUUUCAUACCUUGGCCCGAAUAAGAAAUUUAACUAUGCCUCCAAAAAAAGGUGGAAAUACUACAAAAACAAAUAAAAUUAAAGCUGUAGAUGGUAAUAGCGGCAAAGAAGAAAAGAAAGGAGGAAAUGCUGUGAAGGUUAGACACAUACUCUGUGAAAAACAAUCAAAAAUUCUGGAAGCAUUGGAAAAGUUGAAAGCAGGGGGAAAAUUUAAUGAAAUUGCUGCUACAUAUAGUGAAGACAAAGCAAGAUCUGGGGGUGACCUUGGGUGGAUGCCUAGAGGAUCAAUGGUUGGGCCCUUUCAAGAAGCUGCAUUUGCAUUACCAAUCUCUUCUAUUAGUUCUCCAAUCUACACAGAUCCACCAGUCAAAUCAAAAUUUGGUUAUCAUAUUAUAAUGGUAGAAGGUAAAAAAUGAAUAAUUUAUAAAUAUGCAUAAUACUAUAUAUUUAAUGUAUAAAUAUACAUUCAACUUAAGCAAUUACAAAUAAUUUGUAUUCUCAUAAAAAAGUUCAUGAGUGCGUGUUUGUGAAAUAAAUGUUUAAUGUUUGUGCAAUAUACUAUAUAUUAUUCUUUCUAACUUAUAAUAAUAUAUAGGCUACAGAUUUUUAUGCAAAUUACCUGGAAAUAAUUUUUGAGAAUAUUAUGAAGAAAAUAAAACCGUGGUUGACAAUUCUUUUAUGUACCAAAUAAUAUGAAAAGCACUGUGCUUUGAAUAUUUUAUAUAUUCUGUCAUAUUGUGUGCAUUCUGUACAAAUUUGGAGUUUCAAAUUUCCCGUCAAUACAUAAAAAUCCGCAGUUUAGUAGUGUCAUACUACAACAAUAAAAUACAUAACACUUUAUAUA